AUGGCGCUUUUUAUAGCAGAAAGUUGUCCUAUUAGUCAUGUAGGCAAACUAACUAAAUUCUUUACAACAAAUUUUUCAGAUAGCAAAAGUUGUAAUAAUCUGACUCUUGGACGAACAAAAUGUUCAGCCAUAAUUUCAAAUGUUUUAGCACCACAUUUUAAAGAAAAUUUAAUAGUUGAUAUAGGUGAUAGCAACUAUAGUUUACUAAUUGACGAAAGUAAUGACAUUUCAGUUUCCAAGCUUUUAGGUAUUGUAAUUAGAUAUUACUCUCAAAAUAGAAAAUGCAUAACUACAACUUUUUUAGAUUUAGUACCACUUAAAGAGUGCAAUACUGAUGCAAUUUGUGAAGCAAUUAAAAUUUCCUUGAGAAAUAAUGCCUUGCAUAAACUCGUUGCAAUUGGAACAGAUAACGCUUCUGUAAUGAUAGGAAUCAAUAAUGGUGUAUAUGCUAAACUCAAAGCCGAAGUACCUACUUUGAUUCUGGUACGUUGCCUCUGUCAUUCAUUACAAUUAGCAAUUUCCCACGCUACAAAAAAAGGUCUUCCAAGAAAUAUAGAAUUUCUUAUUAAAGAAACAUUUAAUUGGUUUUCUCAUUCUGCGAUUAGACAAUCCAAAUACAAGGAACUCUAUUCUUUGAUGAAUGAUGGAAAUGAACCAUUGAAAUUAGUACAAAGUAGUGAGAUUCGUUGGAUGUCAAUUCAGACCGCUAUUGAUAGAAUUUUGAGACAAUGGAAUGAUUUAAAGGCAAAUUUUAAUUUGGCCAGAACAAACGAAAGAUGUUAUACGGCAGAAAUUUUGUUCUCAAUGUUUGAUGAUCAAAGAAAUUUCUUAUUUUUUUUAUUUCUUAAACCUGUACUUAAUGAAGUUCAGAGAUUAAAUAAAAUAUUUGAAUCUGAGAAUAAUGAUCCUACGAAGUUGCUACAGGACUUGCUAAAUUUAAUAGAAUCUUGUUGUUCUAAGAUUGUUAUUCCAGGAACAAAAAUAACAAAUGAAGUAGUAAUUGAAAACCAUUUAGCACUCAAUCCAUAUUUGGGUUAUCAGUUUGAAACUGAAAUAAACAAUUCUGCACUGUUAGAUGAAGAAAAGAAAAAUAUUCUUAGUCGCUGCAUUGCCUUCCUUUUGUCUCUUAUAAAACAACUUCGGCAAAGGUUACUUGACAAUAUAUCAAUAUUGAAAACCAUGACGUCACUGAGUAUUGACCAAUGCCUCAACUCAAUUAAAAGUGAUAUAAUAAAUUUUGUGAAAAUGUUUCUCACUGAUGAUGCAAUAUUAACUCGCAUUGACUUUCAGUGGAGGAAAAUUCAUACAAUUCAGUGGAAAGAAACUUCCAGCACGAUAAACCUGUGGAUGGAGGUAGCUCAAUACCGAGAUGCUGCCAGAGAAAAUUCCUCUAAAGACUUGGUCAAUUUUGUUUUAAAAAUUCUUUUAUUACCUUACUCAAAUGCAAAAUAUGGUUUGAAAAGAUUAGGGAAAUGCAGCUAUGAUUAUGAAUUGCCAGCAAAUGUCAUUCGAAAAAUAGGCACUAUGAAAUCAUAUCAACAUUUACAGUUUGAAGCAGGAUCAUCUUUUGAACACAAUGAAGAAAUUGAAGAAGUAAUGGAAUUUAGCGACGAAUGGACUUUUUGA